CAACGUCACCACCCGCCUCGGUCCGGCCUGAGUUCGGAGCCAGCCGCCCUCCGUCUGGCGUCGCGUCCUGUUCUGUGCGGCCCCAGGCGGGAGUCAAGGCGGACUGGGCGGCCAAGGCAGAGCCAGAGUGGGUCAGUCUGGCGCGAUGAAGGCACUGAUCUUGGUGGGCGGCUAUGGAACGCGUCUGCGGCCGCUGACGCUGAGCAUCCCGAAGCCACUGGUGGAUUUCUGCAAUAAGCCCAUCUUGCUGCACCAAGUGGAGGCUCUGGCCGCGGCGGGCGUGGACCACGUGAUUCUGGCGGUGAGCUACAUGUCUCAGGUGCUGGAGAAGGAAAUGAAGGCGCAGGAGCAGAGGCUGGGAAUCCGAAUUUCCAUGUCUCACGAAGAGGAGCCUUUAGGGACAGCUGGGCCCUUGGCACUGGCCCGUGACUUGCUCUCUGAGACUGCAGACCCUUUCUUCGUUCUCAACAGUGAUGUGAUCUGCGAUUUCCCCUUCCAAGCCAUGGUGCAGUUCCACAGGCACCAUGGCCAGGAGGGCUCCAUCCUGGUGACCAAAGUGGAGGAACCCUCCAAGUAUGGUGUGGUGGUAUGUGAGGCUGAUACAGGCCGCAUUCACCGGUUUGUGGAGAAGCCGCAGGUGUUUGUGUCCAACAAGAUCAACGCAGGCAUGUACAUUCUGAACCCUGCAGUGCUGCGACGCAUCCAGCUGCAGCCUACAUCCAUUGAGAAGGAGAUCUUUCCUGUCAUGGCCAAGGAGGGGCAGCUAUAUGCCAUGGAACUGCAGGGCUUCUGGAUGGACAUAGGGCAGCCUAAGGAUUUCCUCACCGGCAUGUGCCUCUUCCUACAGUCCCUGCGACAGAAGCAGCCUGAGCAACUGUGCUCAGGCCCUGGCAUUGUGGGCAACGUGCUGGUGGACCCAAGUGCCCGCAUUGGCCAGAACUGCAGCAUUGGCCCCAACGUAAGCCUGGGUCCUGGCGUGGUGGUAGAGGACGGAGUGUGCAUCCGGCGAUGCACAGUGCUGCGAGACGCCCACAUCCGAUCCCACUCCUGGCUUGAGUCCUGCAUUGUGGGCUGGCGCUGCCGCGUGGGCCAGUGGGUGCGCAUGGAGAAUGUGACAGUGCUGGGUGAGGACGUCAUAGUUAACGACGAGCUCUACCUCAACGGGGCCAGCGUGCUGCCCCACAAGUCUAUUGGCGAGUCGGUGCCGGAGCCUCGCAUCAUCAUGUGAGAGGAUGCCACAGGGCCCGCUGAGUCUCCAUUUCCCCACUGGCAUGGGGAGCCCUGGGUUGACACAUCGAAAGGCCCUGGACUCGCCGUUGUCUCAGAGGACUAGAUAAGGCCGAAGCUGCUGGACACCUGCCCUCUCCUGUGGACAUAAUUUGUCAGGACCCUUGCUGGGCAUCCUUCACAAAGCCCACUCCCUCAAAAAGGGCCGGGCCAGGGCUGUAUGGAAUAAUAAUUUAAUGUUCACUGUGGCCCUGACUGAAAGUCAAGCUCAGGCACAAUUAGGACAUGGCUGGGCUCCUGCCAAUGAGGUUACACGCAGAAAAGGAGGUUGGACAUGGUGGGGGUGGGGAAGACAUGGGGAACAGGGCAAGAGGAGCUCAUAAAUAGGGCCCAGCCUGGGUCUGAGUUCAAGGGUGGAGGCUGCUGCUAUGUGGGCUAGGCGGCUGAGGAAGUGCUACUGGCACUGGCUGCCUUCUCCCAAUCCUCUACAGACACGAUGGUGGCUUUGCAGAAGAAGCAAUCCUUGUUGUUCAUCAGGUGCUGAUUGAUGCAGGCUCUACAAAGGGGGGGGGGAGGAGGAGGAGGGCCUGUGUAUCCCUGCUGCUUCCCCAGCCCCCUGCACUCAUGGGGCCCACUUACUUGCAGGACUUGUGGCCACACGGCUGGAACACGGCAGAAAUGGGGUGAGCAUAGCAAAUGGGGCAGAGGUCCUCCUCACUGGUGGGCUACAGGGAGCAGAGUGCAGGGAGGGCUGGGGUCAGAUACCCAGACAGGGAGACCUAGACCAUACCCCUGUGGUAUGCACAGUUGUGCCAACAUGUGUUCUAGUGGUGUGGUCUGUGCAGUGGCCCCCCACUCACCAGGGAGGCAGCUGCUGCCUGGGCAGACGCAGAAGUCAAGUGUGCCAGCAUCUGUUCCACCUGGGCCAGCUCCUCAACACUGAUGUAGUCUGUGUCUGGGGAGGUGGGGGCAGGUGUCAGAGACCCAAUAUGGCCCUAGAACCCAGUGCCUCUUAAAUACCACAACUUGGGGAUUUGUUCUGGAGACUCCUGCUGAUCUAGCCCAGCCCCAAAUCCCUCUUCCCUGGCCCACUCACAGCUCUGCAGGGAGAAGCGCUUCUGGUCAGGGGCAGGCAGGGCAGUGCCAGGGGUAGGGGGCUCUGGCUGCCCCAGGAGAUAGCAUAUAGAGCGGAGCUGGAAGCAGGGAUCAGCCAGGAGCACUGACGUGGCUCUCUCUGUCCUAGGUGGAAGAGGGUGCAAGGGUAGUCAGAAGGUCGGGCUUAUCUGAAAGCAGUAUCCAUUGGAGGGGUAGGGGUGGAAGACAACUCAGUCCACCUGCAUUAUUGCCUCCGUUCCACCCCACCUCCCUGCCGCUCACAUUGCCUCUCCCCCUACCUUCCCUUCCCAGUCCUAGGUCCCAGUAAAAACCCAUACAGCCCAGGUACCAGUUUAAAUGGGUGACUAGCAGAUAUUGAAAGUCUGCCCACCCCCUAAUAAUGCACUAACUCCAAAGAAAAAUAAAUAGCACUAGCAGCUUAAAA